GAAGAAUAUAGCGGAAGGAGACGCAGCUGUCACCCUGCAACAGAGAGCAUGAAUAAACGACAUUGAUCCACAGACAUGUCUGCAGGUUGCGUGAGGUGGGUGCUGAGCCGUGCAGUGAGAGCUGUGUGUGGUGGCAGCCCUGGCUACUGGACACCAGCGUCAAGAUUUACCAUAUGCAGUGAAAGAUCUAACAUCAUUGCUUCCUCCUGGAGAUGGUCUCCAUUCUCCACCGCUGUCGACGACACAGAGCAGCCUCCUGCACCGAAGAAAAAAAAGCAGGAUUCCAAAGCCAGAAUCGGCUCCGUCGGCCGUAAGAUCCCGCAGCGUCACAUACACGUGAUAGGUGACGCAGGCGAGAGCCUGGGCACCAUGCACCGUGCAGAUGUGAUCAGAAUCAUGGAUGAGAAGGGUCUCAAAUUGGUGCUGGUUGAUGAGCACAAAGAUCCCCCCGUCUACCAGCUGAUGACCGGCAAACAAGUCUUUGAAGAGCAGAUGAAACUGUGGGAGAAGCAAAAAGCAAAAGCAGCCCCUGUGCAGGUGAAAGAGCUCACCUUUUCAGCCGACAUCGCAGCUCACGACCUCAGCACCAAGCUGAAACAAGUGGAGAGCUGGCUGGAGAAGAAGCACCACAUUAGAAUCACUUUAAGGAAAGGACGCGGCGCACCUGAAGUCGACCUGGAAACGACUCUGGAGCAGAUGGUGCAGCAGAUCGAGGUGACGGUGGGAUUCGUCUCCAAGCCGAAAGCCAUACGUGACGGUCAAGCAGCCAUGUGCAUCCUCCGCCUGCCUUCAGCGAAGGAACAGUCACAGAGAGACAAGAACAAGGCUGCAGAUUCCAGUUCAAGAGCCGCUCGGAACAAAAGUGUCGGCGUCGCGGACACAACAGAAGGGCCCACACAGCCGUGAGCUGGAGGAAUAAAACAUUUUCACAACAAAAGUCUGUGCUUGAAUGUCACAGCUUUGGUGUAAAUUCCUUUAUCAGGCGCUGAGUGUGUAAUAAUGGUGCAUCCGGCAAACAGGACCAUUGGCCGCUAGACCUCUGAACGUUUCGUCUUUAUGUGCCAAGGUGGCAGAGCUGCACUGGUUUCCAAAACGCUCAUGUAUACGAAUGAAUGAAUAGGGCCUGAAGUUAGGCUUGAGUUUAACUUCAACUGUUUCAGUUCUAAUAUAUCUGCACUGGACAACAUCACAGCCAAUCAUCAGCUAAAUAACUGGCUAGCCAGGUGUCUUAACCCCGAAGCUACGGGGCAUCCCAGGUGUCUUUACAAAAUAUAGGCUAGUAUCGCAAAUCACAGUGUGUACUCAUACAGUGCAGACACUCUGUCCUUAGACCCUUGAUCCAGAUAAGAACUGCCCUGAAAAAACCUGGGAAAAAACCUCAGGAGGGGUGACAGAGGAGGGAUCUCUCUGCCAGGGCGAGCAGACAUGCAAUAGAUGUGAAUGUUGAUGUGCACUUACAAUUAAAAUUCAGAUUUUAGGGAGCUGUGACCUGCUCGAGGGAAACGGAAGCGACCAAGAUCCACAAUGUUCCCGCUUUGUUGCAUCUCUCUCCGACGUCUCCUGUCCUCUGUCCGCAAAAUUGUCCGAAAAAAUACUUCAAUAAACAAAACAUGCAAACCUUAAAAUGCAAAUUGGUGAUCGAUUAAAGGUGAAGACCAACACAGAGUUUGGUAGUGAGGUGUUAAAGAUGUUUAUGGAUCUCCCAUAAACUGAGGCGAGAUCCGGCGAAUCUGAAGAACACGAUUCACAUUUUCUACAGGGUCAGCGUUUCUAAAUGUGCUCUGUAAAUAAAUGCAGACACGUUUCAUCACAUAGAAUAAAGUCACACAAUGUUAUAGUCUCAUAUAUACACACGUAUAUAACACAUCUGUAUGUGAACCAGAUGUUUGUGCUUAGAUGCAUUUGAGCCUGAUGGUGACUUUGUGUGGAAGAGCUGGUUACUCGUCAACAACGUGCGGGAAAGAUGGGAUGCAGAUAUGAAACCGACACCAGCGCAUAUCUUUCUCUGCUUUAUUCGAGAUUCACCUUUAUGUUUUUUGGUAAAAAAUAAAAGCAAAUUUGGCGUA